AUUAUUUUUUAUUUCUCUUUGAAAAGCUUUGCUUUUAAACAAUGCUUUUUAGCUGCACAGUUUCAGUCAGAGAGAUGGAGAUGUUCCGUUCACUUCUGCUGUUGGUCGUCGUCACCUGGUACUGCUCAGCUGAGAAGCCCCCCAACCUUCCUUUGAUCCGUCUGAAUUCGGUUUUGUUGCUAAACCAAUCAGAGCAGGUCCUCAGGGCUGGCUCCGCCUUCUCCCUCAGUUGUCAAGGUAACGGAUCGGUGCGUUGGUCAAUUUCGGCGUUCAGUCUUCGUUACGACGAUGGGCUCCCUGAACAAAUAGAUGUGCGGAGGUCCGGGCUGCGACACACUGGUACGUACAGCUGCACAGACUCCACCCACAAACACACCUGGAUUCACCUCUACAUCACAGAUCCAGGUCUUGCUCCGAGCAGCUACUGGGUGACACCACGCUCCAUACCCAAUGUUAAAGAAGGUGAGGACUUCCUGUGGGAGUGUCAGCCAACAGACCCCUCCCUCACCAACCUCACCCUGCAAUCAGAAGACAGAGGACAGGGCUUACCGCUGGGCAUGAACGUGACCUUUGACCCUCAUAAGGGGGCCCUGAUCCAGAAUGUCCAAAGAUCAUUCAACGGUCGGUACGUAUGUUCAGGACUAAAGGACGGGACACGGGUCUGGUCCACGUCGUUGGACCUGAUGGUGCUUCCAAGACUUCAUACACCUGAUCUGUCCCUCAGUCAGACAGAUUUUGUUCGUCUCCAAGGUGAACAGUUCCAGGUCACUUGUCUUGGCAGUAGCCCCUCCCCCUUCUUCAACGUCUCGUGGACACACCCUGGUAUAAAGGCGCUGAAUGUGUCCGUCAAUCGUUUCUACAGUAAUGGACUCAUGCACGUGAACAGCAGCGUGCACGUGUCAGCUGUCACUCACAGACACUGUGGGAUGUUCUUAUGCAUGGCUGUCAAUGAGGUGGGCGUGGUCAAGGCAUCGGUGAAGCUGAGAGUUCUGGCUCAUCCCUUCAUCAUCAUCUACCUGCUGUUGCAUGCUAACGCUAACGUUAGCAGUGAAGUGAAUGCUAAUGUUAGUAGCAUGCCAAGUGCUGACAGAAGCAUGGUCGCUUACCUUAUUUCUAAUGUAACCGGCCUGAAUGCUACUAGCAUUGUUAACGUUAGCGGCAGCCGCAGAGUGGAGGUUUACGAAGGCCACGAUGUCUUGUUAAUGUUUGUGAUUGAGGCGUAUCCUCCAAUCAGGAGCCACGUCUGGACAAUGCCACGAGAACAAAAUGGCAGAAUUAAACAUGAAGAAAGCUACAACAUCAAAGACUAUAGGUCAGAAUUCAGCCUGUUGCUACGGCGCCCUCGUCUGGAAGAUCAAGGUCUUUAUUUGUUUAACUUUUCAAACGCCUUCUUCAGCGGCUGUCAGAGUUUGAAGCUUCUAAUCUUCCGUUCUCCACAGACUGUUCUUCAUCUCCUCAAUGACACUCUGACCUGCAGCAGCUCUGGACUUCCUCCUCCCACCCUGCUGUGGUUUGUCUGUCCAUCCACUCAGCAAACGUGUGGAAAUGCCUCGACCUAUCAGGUGCCUUCGGCUGAUGUGACCUCACAGGGAGAGAAAGUAACAUCACGUCUCCAGCUGUCAGAAGACGAUGAUGUCACUGUGGAGUGUGUGGCCUAUAACAGUCUUGGAGAGUCGCGUCAGGCAUUAAGUCACCGUUUUAAUCUAGCCACGCCCACAAUCCUCUCGCCAGCUCUGAUUGGUGCUGUGAGUGCGAUAGCUGCCUUCUCCCUCCUGCUGCUCAUCAUCUCCUUCAGGUGGAAACAGAAGCCCAGGUACGAGAUCCGUUGGAAAAUCAUAGAGAGCUCUGAUGGAAACAACUACACCUUCUUUGACCCCGCCCACCUGCCGUACAACUACAAGUGGGAGUUUCCACGAGACAAACUCCGCCUGGGCCCAGUUCUUGGUUCUGGAGCAUUCGGGAAGGUGGUGGAAGCGACGGCGUACGGACUGGGAACCGGUGACAAUGUGACCAGAGUUGCGGUGAAAAUGCUGAAACCAAGUGCACUCUCUGAAGAACGCGAUGCUCUUAUGUCGGAGCUGAAGAUCCUCAGUCACUUGGGUUACCAUGACAACAUUGUCAACCUGCUCGGAGCCUGCACUACAGGGGGGCCCAUGCUGAUGAUCACCGAGUACUGUCUCCAUGGUGACCUGCUCAACUUCCUGAGAACUCAUGCUCAGGACUUCCUGUUGGCUGAGGUGCACUACAAGAACAUGACUGUGGUCUACAACAGCCGUGUCAGGAGGUCAGAGUUGCUUGUUCUGCUGAGGUCAACAACAAGUUCCUACAGAAGAUUAGAACCUUCAAUCUUCUUCUCCUAUUGCAGUGACAGCGGGAUCUCGUGUUCCUCAGACACAGAUUUGUUGCCAGUUCAAAGUCCAACAAACCAUGCUGUGCAGAUGGAUGUGAUCUCUGUAGUCGAUCUUCUCAAGUUUUCCUAUGAGGUGUCUCAGGGUCUGGACUUCCUGUCCAACAGGAAUUGCAUUCAUAGAGACGUAGCAGCGAGAAAUGUCCUCCUGACUGACCGUUGUGUCGCCAAAAUCUGUGACUUUGGUUUGGCUCGAGACAUUCGUGAUGAUGACAGUUACAUCGUUCAAGGAAACGCUCGACUUCCUGUCAAAUGGAUGGCUCCAGAGAGUAUCUUCGAAUGUGUCUACACGCUGCAGAGUGAUGUUUGGUCCUACGGAGUUUUGCUCUGGGAAAUCUUCUCUCUAGGUAAGAGUCCAUAUCCAAAUGUCCCUGUUGAUUCCAAAUUCUACAAGAUGAUCAAAGAUGGACAACAUAUGACUGCUCCUGACUUUGCUUCUGCAGAGAUGUACCAGCUGAUGAAACAGUGCUGGAGUCUAGAACCCAGGUAUAGACCCACCUUCAAAACUAUUGGUCAGAUCAUUCGCAGACUCCUUCCCUCAACCAGUGACAUGACAGCACAUCAAAGCCACAAGGUCACGUACACCAAUGUGGACGUGUGUCGAGAGGAAGAUGAGGAGGCAGGAGACGAAUCUAGAGGAGGAGCAGAGCUCUGUGAUGAUGAAAAUGAAGAACAGGAGCCGAUGAUGAAGAACUUCUAUCAGCACUUCCAAUCUUCUCUACCAACCCCUGACCAGGACCAAGACCAGGACCAGAACUAAGACCAGAACAAAGACCAGGACCAGCACAGUCUCCAAAACCUUUAAAAAAACACCUAGACUUACACAAUUAGGUCUAUGAUCUGUAUGAAGACCAUGACCAGAGUCAGUAUCCAGACCACAGAGGAACUAAAGGACCAUGAACAGGUCUGGAGUCAAUAACAAGUCCAGGACCAAUCACAGGACCAGGAUGAAAAACAGGGUCCAGGACCAGGCCUUAUGUCCAAAUCUAAUACAGAUAGGAUAUUUUGUUGAGGUUAUUGAGAGAAAUCUGAUAAAUAAAUGCAACAGUUUCUAAA